AUGGCGGCUCCCGGCGACCAAAGAAUCGCUGUGCCUAUAGAUGAUCCAAACGCAGACACAGAAUGGAAUGAUAUCCUGCGAAAACAUGGAGUUAUUCCCGAAAAACCACCGAGUCCUACUCCCAUGAUCGAAGAAGCUAUCCUCGAAGGCCGAAGAUUAGCACACGAGAAUCGUCUUGAGGGUAAAGAUCUUGACGAGCUCGAUGAGCUGGAGGAUUUUGAAGACGACGAGUUUUUAGACCAAUAUCGCCAGAAAAGAAUGGCAGAGCUUAACAGCCUGCAAAAGAAAUCUAUUCAUGGAGGCGUGUACCCGAUAUCGAAACCUGACUACCAGCGCGAGGUUACUGAGGCGUCCCAAAACGGACCAGUGUUUGUCAACUUGACUGCCGGGACAGGGACGAAUGUUGAAUCACGAGUCUUGUCAGAGCUAUGGAGACAAGCUGCCAGAGAAUAUGGAGACAUUAAGUUUUGCGAAAUCCGUGCAAAUCAGGCAAUUGAGAAUUACCCGGACAGAAAUUGCCCAACGAUUCUCGUUUAUAACAAGGGAGACAUUGUCAAACAGGUGGUUACGCUCAUGACUCUGGCAGGCGUCAGAACGAAUAUGCGUAAUAUUGAUGAUAUUCUUGUCGAAGUUGGCGCAGUUCCCGAGUCGGACAUGCGCAUUAUAAAGAGACGGCAAGCUGCCGAGGACGCAGAGGAAGAGCGCCUUGCUGGAAAGAGCAUAAAGACGGGGACGGCAGGACGAUCAAGAAAUGACGACGACGAUGACGAUUGGGAUUAA